AAAAUCUGAAAUCUCCAAUUCCUCUAUUAAUUCCCUCUUCCAUCUUCGUCACAGCCGCACUCCGCCACGCCAACCCCAUUCCCAUCUUUGGUUCAUUGGCAGCUGGUCGGGGAUGGAGAAGAAGCGGAACAGUGAGAUUAGGAAAUCAUCAGAUUCGGAGCUUCCACCUGAUAAUAUCAUUCAGGUAAUACUCUCGAAAGUCCCUUUAUUCAAUUUGCCCAGUUGCAGGCUCGUAUGUAAAGCAUGGAACAAUCUGGUUUUAACUUGUAAGUUUGAUCCGCCACUCUUAAUUUCCAGCCUCUCGCUUGCCUAUGAUUGUCCCUCUCGCAAUCUCUAUUGUAUGGACUUCAAUCUUAAAUAUUUGGAAGGAAUGAGUAGUGUUGUCUCAUUUACCUUCCAUCCUAAAUUUUUCACCAGUUCCAUCUCUAUUAUCAAUUCCUGCAAUGGACUCCUCUCCCUUCUUAUCUCGAAAAGAAAAUCAGGAUCACCUAUAUCUUAUGUUCUUUGCAUAUUAAAUCCCAUGACAAAUGAGUACUUCAAAUUUCCUGCCGAGAAAUCGAAAACACAUUGUUGUUGUGGUAGACCCUAUAGCUACGGAUUAGGAUUCAGUCCUGAAACAAAGCAGUACAAAAUAGCGAGAACCUCCUUUCUACGUGAUGAAUCCACUACCUCUGUAGAGAUUUUUGCAUUUGGCACUACUCGCGAAUGGACCCCUGUUGGGGUUUUGCCUUCUCUUGUCGUUGAAGACCAUGGCGUUUAUUUCAAUGGAGGCCUCUACUGGACUGUAGACGAGCUGCAACCACGCGAUUCUAAUAAUGCCAUUUACCGUUUGGAUAUAGAAAAUGAGAAACUGGAGAAAAUUUCAUGUCCCCACUAUGGCGGUGGUCAUUUUUUCUUUGGAGUUUUUGAUGGUACCCUCUAUCUAACUACUUACACUGGCACCGUCGACAACAUUUACCAGGUGUGGAAGAUGGAAGAAAAUUUGUCAUGGAUUAAAGCAUUUGUUUUAUCUAGACCAGAAAAUUUGCGUCAUCCUGAGCAUGACCAACCUUGGGGAGUAUCUCAGCUCCAACCCAUCAAAGUUUGUGAAGAUGGGAAGAUAUUGUGUCUUCUUGCUGGAUUCCUUUUAAUACUGUAUGACCCCAAGACUAAGAGGGUGAAGAUAUUGACGAAUCAAGAUGUUGAAACUGAGAGACAUUUGCACGUUCAUCAGAUUGACUCCUCCAAUUUUAAUUCUCUCCCCAACAUUUUGGCAGGAAAGAGUUGAAGGAUGGUAGGACUUUUAUUAGUAUUAUUAUUUUUAUUUUUUGGGGGGGUGGGGGAGUUUAUGCAGUGAGUAUUAGUACAUUAUUAGGUGGUAAUUUGUUACAGCACUCUUAAAAUCAAUAUUCAUAAUGUUAAGUUUCAGUUGAUUCAACCUGUAUACCAUAAAUCUCCAUAUUUGAAUCAUGCUGCGAGUGAAUCCGUGCCACAUUAUAAUGGUGUUCGUCUUCACUACCACUUGGAAGUAUUUGCUGCUGAUUGCUUAAAAUGUUGAGGUAUUAUUAUGGUAUUUUGAAUUUUGGCUCAAUCCCUUGCAUGAUCUUUUACAUAUAUGGAUUUUACCUCUUUUACGUCUCUCGAGAUCUCCCAUCCUAGGAAUAUUUUAUUUCCCCCAGUUGUCUCAUCUCAAACUUAAAUUUCAUAUAUUCUUUUAUCUUGUUUUAUGUCUUAUCUAUUGCGGCGAACAAGGAGCAUCUCCUUGACAUCUAUCAUGAGGUACGUUUCUCUCCCUUUUGAUGUUGUAUAAAGCCAAUCUCGAGCACAGACUAAUCAAUGGGAUUGUUUUAAAUUAUAAAAGGACUUCUUAGUUGACA